AUGUUUUUGGCACGGGUUUACGUUACCCUGAAACCGGCGGUCAACGACCCCCAGGGUCUGACCGUAAUUGGCGGUCUGCACAGCCUGGGCUACGAAACCGUGGAGGAUGUUCGCAUCGGCAAGUACCUGGAAAUCCGCGUGGCCGCCGAUGCCCUGACGCAAGCCGAGAGUGAAGUUACCGGCAUGUGUGACCGGCUGCUAGCGAACCCGGUGAUCGAGGAUUACCGGUUCACGCUGGAACAGGUGGAAUAA